AAGGUCGGUCACGUGACCCGUCGCGGCGAAGCGGUGCGCGGGGUGUGGGGCGCCGGCUAGACUCUCCAGUAGCCGAGCCAUCCGUCUGCUGCUUUGACUGUGACCGCUCGGAAUCCACGCCUUUACGCUUUGAUAUAACGCGCCAUAUUCGUUCUGUCACCUGUAUUUUAUUGAUCAGUUGAUAAUCGCCUUGGAAAAUGUCAGCCCAGUGAUGAGUUCGACGCUUAUUUUUGCACGGAUCUGUCGGCGGGGCGGCGAAGCAGGCGCGGGGAAGGCGGGCGCGGCGCGAUCCGUCGCAGACAUGCUCCGACCGCUGUCGAGGAGUCUCGCGUACGCGCGGCCGUUCGCGCGCUAAUCGGGCGUAGCUCGCGACCAUGGAUGUUGUGACGCCCCAUAUCAGCUCGGUGCUAAGAACCUAUCAAGCCAGUGCACCGCGGAGCCUCCAGGGCCCCGGCGUGGGGCGCGCAGGUCCGCCAUCGGCGCCGCCGCCACCGCUGCCUCGAGCCGCGCCGCCCAUUCUCCUCGCUGCCGAUCCAGUGCUAGGCGAACGCGGCGAGACUGCACUCGAAGGAGAGCCGAUAUCUUGCUUCAGUGUCGGUGGCGAACGUCGACUCUGCCUCCCGCAGAUUCUGACCUCGGUUCUGACGGACUUUAGUUUGGAACAGAUCAAUCGCGUGUGUGAUGACUUACAAAUAUACUGUUCGCGGUGUACGCCAGAGCAAUUGCACGAGUUGAAGUCGACCGGCGUGCUGCCCAGAACGGCUCCGUCUUGCGGUUUGAUAACUCAGACAGAUGCGGAGCGGCUUUGCGCGGCUCUAUUGCACGCCCCGGCGGCGGCAGCCAAAAAGUUACCUGGAUUUCGGGUGUAUCAUGAGUGUUUCGGUGGUGCGCGAGGUGUUUGCGCGCCAGAACUAGGACUAGUGCAGUGUGUGGAAUGUCGCGGGAUCUAUGUUCCGCGUCGGUUCGUGUGCCAUACUCACACGACCGAGCAUCGCACGUGCCAUUGGGGAUUCGAUUCGGCGAGAUGGAGGCGGUUCCUUCUGGUGUCGGAUGAUGAACGGGACAAGGAAAAGUGUGAGGCUUUGUUGGAUGAUGUAGCCACGAGGGAGCCGAGGGAAACGCACGCUGUACCAUCGCACCCUCUGGUGAAACAACUACCCAUCAAACGAAAGCAGGUGUUGGAGACGAUUGUCUGCAAACCCGAGCCUCCAGAAUCACCGCCGAAGAAAGUCAGGAGCGAAGACUUCGGCUGCGCCCUCUAUUUAGACCCAUACGCCCAUCUGCGAUACAGAACCGCCCAGACCUUCCGACCCUGGGGCAAAAGGGAGCCAGAACUCCUCCAUCCAGAACGAGUGGUUCGAGUGGCAGAUUGCAGGAGGUUCGAACACGACUUCCAGCCAAAUGUUGCCCUUAAACCACUAACCCCGCCAAUAGACGACGUGACUUCUUCCACGUCACCACCCCCAUCAGACCCAGAACUCACUGCCCGAUUGUUAGACGCAGAGGCGCGUUUAAACGAACGCGAACGAACCCUAGAAGAGAGGGAGGUUGAGCUCGCCAGGCGCGAGGCAAGGCUCGAGGAAAGAGAACGAGAGAUAGAGAGGAGAGAACGACUCCUCGAAGAGAAACCAGAGCCGAAUUCCUCUCCGCCCAGGGAUAGUGAUCCGCCUUGUUGACCGACGCGGGUGAUUACUCGGCUUGUGAUGUGAUGAACGCUUAGCGAUGUCUAGAGUACAAAAUGUUUAGGUGCUUCACGAUAUCCAUGUCUGUGGAUGGUUGGUGAUCGUGGAACCAUUCAAAGCACUUGGAAUACUAGUACUUGUAUAUUCCAAUAGCUACCGAUCCCUCCUUCAAUAUUGAGCCGCUUUUGAGAGAACUUUUCAUAUAAAGUGGAGGGAUGAGCUAUGGGUAGUUGCAGUACUGGUGCAAUUGUUACAUUGAGGUAAUUAAUGUACCUAGGUACGGUCGGACUGUUUAACACCGAUAAAUUCGGUAAAUGCAUAGUGUACAAGCCCCAAAACUGUUGUCUAUGUGCCAUUUUCCGGUAUUAUAUACCUUCCCAUAUGCUUCAAUACUCACAUAAUAAAUAGAGCAUAAUUUAUAUACAAUUUUAAACCACAUUAGUUUGUACAUACUGCCAAUUAUUUUCCCUAAAUAACUUUGUAUAGACCUCUGUAAUACCAAAUAAUUUAUAUUCCAUUCAGUUUAACGAAUUGAUAUAAAAUUAUUUUUUAAGGCGACACACCAACUGAUGUGACCAUGGGCUGCGACUAUUGCCUCUUUUGGAGAGUCCUGUAGGCUUGUUAGCUAUCCAAUACCAUGGCUUAGAUAACAAUUAUAUAUUUAAAAUGGCCAAUACAAUUUGGGUUUAAUUUGCACUAUUGUUAAAAGGAAAACUAAAAAUACUUGUCAUACAUCCAAGUAUAUGGAAUGUAUGACAUCAUUCUAUCUCUUUCCGUUUCUGCAUAAACACAAUUUUACAGAAGGGCACAGAGUUCACUGAUUUUGUUUAGCGAAUAAAAAUUCAUUUAUCACGGAGCAGAUGUGAAAUGCAACUAAAUUAUUCAAAUAAUUUGAUAUUUUUUUCAAUAGUUUUUCUAUGAGGGACUUAUAUAAUGGAGCCAAUAAACUGUUUUACUAUGAAGGCUUUAAAAGAACCAGUGAUUGAAAAACUAGUAACUUUAAAACCACAUUACCAGAGACAAGAUGUGAAGAUGAGCUGCAGCGAGAAUUUAUGGUACAAAAUGGCAUCUCAUAAGUUGACCUAUCCUGAGCUUGGUGUCAGGUCGCUCGGUUUAAUAAAACAUUUGUUUUUAUAUUAUAGUCAAUAGAGCAUGUAAAAUCCCAUGAAUUUCUUAAGUACAUCUAUGGCUUUCAUUUUGGAUCUGUGGCAAGUAUGUGCCUACAAAAUUGACAUAAGGGUAAACCCGCAUUCUACCUCAUUGUAUAUAAAUGCUAAAUUAAGAAAUUAAAAUAAUUUAGAACAACAAAAUUACGGGUAUAACGACGAAUUAUAGUGAAAUUGUAAACUGGAACUCCCAUUUUACUAAAUUUGUUUUCAAGUGGACAUCCGUUACUUGGUUGGACAUAGAAACCGGAAUAAAAACAUUUUUUUUGUUUGUAGAUGUCGUUAUAUUCGUUUUUUUCAAUUGUAUCGUAGUUCGGAGCAAUAAUUUGAAAAACACUGCCUUAAUGUAGGCUUAUUUUAUACUUUUUUAUUUAUUUGCCAGUCUUGGUAUCCCUUAUCAUCACAAUGUGUGCAUUUUACCUAUUAAUCACUUAGUCAGUAACUGUGCAUUUGUAAAUAAUGUUUCAAAUCAGACGUUUGAUCAAACAUUAUCUAUAUAGGUAUCCCAAAUUUUUGGAGGCGAAACGCGGAUUUUGUUGUAAAACCAAUUCUAUAUAUAUUCCUCUAUGCCAAAUGUACCUAAAAUUUUAUUUUUUUACACAUUUUCCUCUAUAAUUUUUCAAACGUCCAAAUACUGAAUUGCGGGCUUAGAAUGUAAAACGAACAUGGCUGUGGUAUUCACAGACAAGCGUAACGAUCUGUCAUUCCAUUUGACCAAUCAGCAAAAGCGCGCCAUGUCUAUGCCAACUUAGCGCUGGUAUCACUAUAUUAAGCGGCUUGAAUAAUAUUGAAUCCGUCAGCGCUCGUUCUAUACGCAGAAGCGGGAUCAAAUCCAGCGCUAAUUGCUGUCGAGAGUUGGCAACACUUCGUUUUACAUUCCCUUUACACAUUUUAAAUGUUACUAAAUGAUAAUUUGGAAUUAACAUCACAUUUAUUCAUGUUAGUGAAAACUAUGCCGAGCAUAGUGAAAUAUAAUUUCACAAAUUUUGGCAAAGCUCAAAUUGUUCAUAUUUGUGUUUAAUUCCUUAAUAUUAUAAUAUGUGCUAUGUUAAAUUAGUUAUAAAUUCGGUUUUAGAUUAAGAGGUAUCUCUAGUCAGAGACUUUUCGAGAAAAUUACCAUUUACUUUUUUUAGUAAAUUUACAUACCACAGACGAGUGUAAUAACUUAUUUUAUUUAGUUUAAACGUGAAAACUGGAUAUAAAGACUGCAAUGUCAAUUUGACAGUCGAAUAAUUUAAAUGACUCUUGUGUCGUUGUAUCCGGUUUUGAUAUGUAUUAAUAGCAUAUAGAAACUUUUCUGUCAGUACUGUAUUGUUGGAUAUAUUUUUGGUGCUACGAUGUUUUGGCUUGGCUAAUCUAGUAUCUAAUUAUUGUAAAUAUAAUAUAAUUUUAGUAUUUAUUGGCAACUACUGAAUUUUAUUUUUUUGUUUUAUGGCUUAGCCAUUUGGGAGUCAUUGUUAAAUUUGCGACUUAACACUAGAAAUAAAAAAGUUAAAUUGUUACGCUGCGUUAUUUAAAUCCAUUUGAACAAAUGUUUGAGCGUUAUUAUAAUAAAGCAAUAAAUUGUAUCAUUUUGUCAACCGUAUAAAAUGCGUUUUAUAUUUUAAUAAAUUAGUUUUGUUUGUCGCCGCUAGAUGGCGAUGUAAUAAUUUUCUUGUACAGGUUUGAAAAUGUUUAGGGUUUUUCAUAGGCUGUUAUGAUAUGUUACUGCUUUAAAUUGUUAUUGUAUCGAUGGAAAAGUUUCGACUCUCUCACUGUCAAUGGAAAUGGUGCUAGACUGCAUUUCUUUUACUAAUAAAUAAAUAAAUGUUAUGGUUAUAUUAUUUCUUUAUGUCGGUAUAAGGACCGAUACUCAAUGUUUACAACUUUAAUAAUUAUUUAUUAAAAUAAAACAAAUAUAAACAAAUUAAUGUUACUAUAGUUGUAAUUCCCAAAAAUAGGAAUACAUAAUAUUUUUACUUUACACAGAAUAAUAGUUUUAAUGCUGUUAUCUCUAUAGUCUAUACUCUUUCAUAUUUUAGUUUUGGCGCCAUUCAUACUAUUAUAUUGAUAUAUCCAAUAAGUACAAUUUAGCAUCAGUUAUCAAAACACUGCAUCAUUUAUUACGAAAUGGGCCUACAUCAUUGCAAUAAACUCCGUGGGUUGUAUACACAUAAAAUUUAGACAGUGAGAGAGUUAUGUAAAUAUUUUUUUGUAAGUACAGUAAAAGGAAGAAUUGUCAAACCGUUGGACACUUAAAUACUAGUUACGUCGUUGCUUAUUUAUAUUUAAGAAUUCAAUUAAAUCAAUUGAUUUUUGUAGUUCUAUUCAGGAGGUAAAAAUGAGCAACGCAGUAAUUUGCUAGGGUGUAAUGUACGCCUGUGAUCUCAAUGUAUGAUUGUUAAAUACAUGUACUCUUCAAAAUGCUACCACUACAGUCGCAAAAUAAAGUAUUUAAAGUUA